GAACGACAUCACUCGCUCACGCGUCCUUUACAUCUCGACAUGGCGGCCUCAGACGCAGCGGACGCUCCUCCAGCGCCAUCGCGCUCUCCCUCACCACCCAUCGCGCCCCCAAUCGCCUCUGCGCCAGGACCACGUGCGACGGCCCUCCAAAAGCUUUACGCCGAUGCGACAGCACACAUCCUCAAGACUUGCAGCUAUGCCAACUUUAGUGCUUGCUUUCCCACGAUGGCGCGCGAAGCUUCCGACUCCCUCAAGCUGCUCCAUCAAGAUUUCACCGAAGGGCUUGGAGAAUACUGGCGCACAAACUUCGAAUCGAUCCUGGACAACCGAAAUGUCGUGGCGAGUUUGAACGAACUGGAUAGUCUCAUCGAGGAUGCGAGACGGCGGAAGAAAGGCAGCGCUGGCGACGCACCCCACACGCUUUCUGCACAACAAUUAUACCUCUCCCACCUUGCCCCUUCUCUCGCCGUAUACUCCCAAGAGAUGAAAGAGCGUCAGGAUGCCGUGCAGGAGGACAACGUGGAGCUUUUGGGCCGAGUAAUGCAGCAGCGAAAGGAGAUCGAGGCGCUGAUGAAAGGGCUGGAGGGAGUUGCUGCCGACCUCGAUGCCAGCGUGACUGCAUUAGAUUCCGAGGCCGCAGAUCUCGAGAGUUCGAGGGAUGCGGUCAGAGAUGUGGACACGGACAUGCGGUUGACCGCUUGAUGUUUUUGAUGAUACCCAUGUAAUUUUUACAAGCCGAAGUUU